AUGGAUAGAUCCAGAUUGUACAACAAAAGUAUUCGCGAAGCGUAUGAAAAUAUGGUGAAGGGAGCCGGAGCUCCGCACUUAAGCGCUGAUCAUGAUAAUUCCAAGGUUAGCAGAUAUUCUGCAAGUAUAAUUCAUGAGGAUAAUCGGCGAGAAGGAUUGGAAAAUAGUGAGUUUUCAGACAACGAGUCAUUGAAUGAAUAUGAUGAUGAAGGGGAAGAAAAUGAUGCGGAUGACGAUGGUGAAGCAGAGAACGAUUAUACACAAUUUAAGAAGUCAUUAAUUCAAGAUGAUGAGUGGCUUGAUGAUGAAUCGGAUACGGACUAUACAGAAGAGGCCGAUCAGAGCUUUUUACUGGAGAAGGACAAUGAUAAUGAUAGUGACGAUGAAAGUCGUCGCUACGUGUGCCCAGGUUCUGAAUUUUAUUUUGAGGAUUCUAAAACAAGUAAAUCCGGUAAAUGGUAUUUUCACAAAUUCUGGUGGCUUAUCAUAGGUCUGGUAUGUGUAUGGUUUUUGGAGUCUUAUUUUUCUGUCCAUGGUUCAUCUCCCUUGACCCCAGAUUUGAAUAAGAAAAUUAAUCUACUACAAAAUCAGUUGAAUCAAUUGAACCACGAAAGAGAUUUACAAAAGAGCAAAUAUCAAAGCGAUUUGGAUCAAAACAUAAAGUUAAUUAUUCAACAGUUCGAGAAAAAUGUAAAGAGAAUAUUACCAAAGAACAUAAAGGAUUUUUCACUACUUCAUUCAACAAUUGAGAAAUUAGAGAGUAAAGUAGAUACGUUAGGUGAAAAAGUUGCAUGGAAUAAUGUCAACGAGACAUUGUCAAGAUUAAGCGAAAUUCUUCCAUCUGAAAUACCAGUUAUAAUAGAGUCAGAUCAUUCGUCGUCGGAAACUAAUUCUACAAAGCAACAGGUUUUACUUAUUCCUGAGUUGCAUCGCUACUUGGUUGAACUAAUACCGCCGUUAAUAAACAAUUCGUUUGAUGCACAAUCAAUAUUGAAGAACUCUGACUUCAAAUAUGACCUAAAUCAUUAUGUUAAGGAAAUUCUGAAUAAUGAGUUUCAAUACAUUGAGAGAUCACAGUUCAUUCAAGAGUUACAGUCUCAUAUUCAGGCAAUAAAAGAGGAUUUAUCAAGAGAAAUUGAAUCUAAAACAAGCCAAUUACAAACACCACAACAACUCUCGACAGUGGUCCUAAAAAAAAUGAUUCAUCGGAUCUAUAACUCGAAUCAGCAUCAACUGGAAGCUAAUUUGAAUAAAGCGACUUUCGCUCAAGGCGCUAAAAUCCUAAACCAUCUAUGUUCGAAGACUGUUAAAGGAACCACAAGUCCAGUUGAUCUACUACAAGAUUGUUCAUUCGGAUGUUCUAGUUCCACUUAUUGGUUAGGUGAUAGCAAAGGGUGCCAAUGGGCAAUUCGUUUUGACGAACCGAUAUUCUUAACCAAAAUAUCAUAUUUACAUGGAAGAUUUUCCCAUAACUUGGAGGUCAUGGCGGGUACACCUAAAAAAAUAACAAUUUAUGUUAAGCCGUUAGUGCCAAUAUCAAAAGUUGAAAACAUUCGUAGGUGGCCUGUCGACUCAACUUACGUUGAAUUAGGACAGUUCCACUACGAUUUAUACUCAAACGCUAUCAAGCAAGAUUUCUUAUUGCCAGACUGGUUUAUUCAAUCAAAAGCUCUAAUAAGAUCAAUGGUUUUCGUGGUUGACGAAAAUCAUGGCAACUCAUCCUACACUGCCAUGAGAAAGUUUAUUGUGAAUGGCGUUACUCCUAAAGACUUACAGCUAAUGAGCUCGUUCCCUUCGGACUGGGCUCAAAUGACUCCUGAGUAUUCGAUAUCUCUCGAGGAACAGGAACGAGCACGACUUUCCAGAGUUGCACAAUGGCAAGAUCAGCAAGUGCCAUCUUUCGGAGAAGAUGAACUUGUUGACUAA